AUGAGAGGACAGAAGACAGCAAGAGAUGAAGAAAACGCCUAUGGUAAGAACGUGCCUCACAACGCGUGUUUGCCCCCAGGUUUAGAAGCCCGCGAGUCUGCCCUGCAGGAGCCCAGGCUGCGGCUCCUCCUGGCCGGGAGGUCAGGGACUGGGAAAAGCGCCACGGGAAACAGCAUCCUGGGCCAGAAGCGCUUUCUCUCCAGGCUCGGGGCGACGUCGGUGACCCGGACCUGCGCCGCGGGCAGCUGCAGGUGGGCCCAGUGGGACGUGGAAAUCAUUGACACCCCGGACCUCUUCAGCUCCGAAGUCUCCCAGACAGACCCGGGCUGCGCGGAGAGAGGCCGCUGCUACCUGCUCUCGGCGCCGGGGCCCCACGCCCUGCUCCUGGUGACCCAGCUGGGCCGCUUCACGGCCCAGGACCAGCAGGCCUGGAGCGGGGUGAAGGCGCUGUUCGGGGACGGCAUCGUGACGCGCACCAUCGUGGUCUUCACCCGCGAGGAGGACCUGGCUGGGGGCUCGCUGCAGCGUUACGUGCGCGACACCGGGAACCGCGCGCUCAGGAAGCUGGUGGCCGAGUGUGGGGACCGAUUCUGCGCCUUCGACAACCGAGCCGCCGGCGGGAAGCGGGAGGCGCAGGUGAUGGCGCUGAUGCGGCUGGUGGAGGAGCUGGUGAGGCACCACGGCGGCGCCCCCUACACCAACGACCUGUACAGCCUGGCACAGGCCCUGGGGGGCGAGGACCCCGCGGAGAGGCUGCGCAGGGUGGCGGAGCGAGUGGCCUUCUGCGCGCAGAGGCGGCGGGAGCGAGGGCCACUGGCCUGGCUGUGGCGGUGGCCCAAGGCGCGGGGGACCUGGUGUAAGCUGGGCGUGUACACCCUGCUGGGCGCCCUGGUCCUGCUCUGCCUGCUCUGCAGGCACCGGCCAGAGGCCGAAGGGGCCGACGUAGCGGGGACCGCCUGUGUCCGCAGCUUGCCCAUCCAGGGCCACGUGUGCAUGAGCGUGCAUUCCGUGCCCUGGAACCUCCGGCCGCGCGCUCGCGCCGACCCGCAGGCACCCAGCCCGCAGCGCCGCGCCCGGUAA